GCAAUAUGCUCCCUCGUCUUUCUCAUUUGACGCAGUCAUUUACUCGAUCUAACCAUACUCUUAAUAACGCAAUGACUGAAAAAGCUACUUAUGCUGCCGGUUGUUUCUGGGGUGUAGAACACUUGUAUGUCAAGCACUUUAAGAAGGACGGUAUCACCACUCGUGUAGGGUACAUUGGUGGUGAUUUAGAUAACCCAACGUAUCGUCAAGUGUGUGGCGGAGACACCAAUCAUGCCGAAGCCCUCGAAGUGACCUUUGACCCUAGCAAGGUGUCAUACGCUACCCUCACUGAGUUCUUCUACCGAAUGCACGAUCCUACUACACUUAACUACCAAGGUCCUGACCGAGGAACCCAAUACCGAUCGGCUAUAUUUUACCACUCCGAAGAGCAAAAGCAGACAGCCGAGAAAGUCACUGCUGAAGUACAGGAGAAACAUUACAAAGGAAAACCCAUUGUGACUCAAAUUAUUCCCGCUGGCAAAUUUUACACGGCCGAAGAAUAUCAUCAAAAGUACCUGGACAGAAAUCCCGGUGGAUACGAGUGUCCUACUCACUUUUUGCGCUGGUAAAUGGGAGCCUAGCGGCUUCUCAAUUUUGGACUGUCGUGACUGUCAAUAGUGAAAUCGCACUGUGAAAGAAAAUUUUUUUUGUGUCUAUAAAAAAGCCGGCAAAGUGGGCAAAUCCAAUGUUUCUCUAUCAUCAGUAGAGAAUUCUUAUCUGUGCGAGUACCUCCUAGAGGACUCAACAUAUAAAGUUUUUUCAUGUAAUGAUGAAGUCGGUAUUUGGAUGAAAUGCUUUGUGAUUUCAAAAAGCCAGCCA